AUGCCUGCCAUUCCUGAUAGAGCGCAGACGGAGGACUCGUCCAGCUUCAGUCCGGAUGCUUACUUCGAGGCAUGGGAGAAGGGCGAAAUCACAGCACCAUACGAUAACGACUUCCGGAAAUUCAUCCUGACCACUUUCGGCCUGCCUGAAGACGACACAUAUACCUACGCCGCCGUCGCCGAGGUCACGCUUCUGCAGGCUCAGACAUACGUCGAGUAUGGCGGCCAAGGAGGAUUACAUGCCUGGUACAGAGACGACGAAGGCAAGCCAAGAGCCAUGAGCCAUGAGCCAACAUCACGUUCCGUCCAGAGAUCGCCUCCGCCCGCCGUCGAUAUCGCUGCCUACACCAACGUAUUCAAAAGCACCACAGCUACACAGAAGGCCCUGGUCGGUCUAGCUUCGAAUGCGAAAAAGGACUCGAUUCGUGCCUCUGUUGGCCAACACUUGCAGUCCUUGUACCAGCCGCCAUCACCCGACCACAAGAUUGUCAUAUCGAAGCUGAAGAAAGAGCACACAAAUCCCUACUUUGAUGUCUGGGCUUGGUCUUGCCAAAAUCUGGAAUGGGCUGGUCCCGAACAUGCCACCAGCAAGGUCCGCUUCUCGCACGCAAUCCUCCCAAUUCUAUACCACCACUUUGGCUGCGUCUGUCCAUCGUACGAGUCAUUAUCUAUCAUCUACCAGCUUGCCAAGGGACGCACAGUCAUCGAUCUGGGAAGCGGAAAUGGCUACUGGUCAUAUAUGCUGAGGGUCUUCAACAAACAGAAGCCGCUGACUGUCGUGCCUGUAGACAAUGGCAUCAGCGAGUGGAGAACUGUCUGGGUGGGCGAUACCAACCAGAUCGAUGGUGUCGACUAUCUGAAGAAGAACGCCGAUGGCAAGGAUCAGGUACUAUUACUUGUCUACCCUCAAGUCGGCCUUGAGUUCACCUCCAGGAUUCUCAAAGCUUACAAGGGUGACACCAUCGUCUGCGCAGGCACCCAGAACUCUAACGGCUACACCGCCUUCGCCAAGGAGACCAUCGCUGAUUGGAUCGCCAGAGAGAUGCCUGUGUUUGAGAAGGUCUGUCAGAUCCCCUUGCCUAGCUUUGCUGCCAAAGACGAGGCACUUUUCGUGUUUCAGAGAAAAGCUUGA